AUGGGUUUAGCGGCGCGUUUCAAAGAGAACAAGGUCGGGGCGGUUGUUAUAUCCGUCUUUGACUGGUAUCCAUCCCACUACCCGAAAGAAGAAAGGAAACUUCUUCGAAAGCUGGAUUUGGCUAUCUUGAUCUUUGGAUCAUUAAGUUUCUUCUGCCGCUUCCUCGGGCAGCAAAAUAUCACCAAUGCUUAUGUUUCGGGCAUGAGAGAGGAUCUCAACGCUUUUGGAAAUGAGCUGAAUUACUAUGUUGUUGCUUAUAAUACGGCCUAUGUCUUGGGUCAGAUCCCGCUCAUGACACUGCAGACCAAAGGGAAGCUUGCACCGUUCCUACUUCCCUCCCUCCAAGUACUAUGGGCUAUCAUCGCCUUCUGCCAGUCUGAAAUCCAACAUAGCUGGCAUCUCUACAUCCUGCGAGCGCUGACUGGCUUCCUGGAGGCAAGUUCAUUCGGUGGAACUCAUCUCAUCCUCGGUUCCUGGUUCAAAAAUGAAGAACUCUUCAAAAGAGCAGGAGUCUGGUUCAUGGGCAACUCACUAGGUUCCAUGUUCUCCGGAUAUCUCCAAGCAGCCGCAUACAAGAACCUCGACGGUGUUUUUGGACGUGCAGGCUGGAGAUGGCUGUUUGUCGUCCAGGGUAUUAUUACUCUUCCUCUUGCUUUUCUCGGAUUUGUUGUUUGGCCUGGUUUGCCUACUUCUCCAAGACGAUGGUAUAUGACGGAGGCAGAUCAUGCUCUCGCUUUGAAGCGUAUACCUACUGUCGAGAAAGAGGGUAUCACUUGGAAGACUUUCAAGUAUACUUUGAGUCGACCUAUGUGGUGGAUUUGUGUUUCUUGCUACAUCUUUCUCUGCCAGGCUCACUACUGGACCGGAUACAUGGCUCUCUGGCUUCGUCACGCCGGUUACUCAAUCGAGCUUGUCAAUAUUCUCCCAACCUUCAUCGACCUUCUACGCGCAAUAUCCUCGUGGCUCGGCACUACCUUGGCCGGUUGUCUCAGCCUACGAGGGUUGUGGACAUUCCAAGCCUCUUUUGUAUUCUUCGCCUGCAUCGUUUUGUCCAUCUGGACAGUACCCGACGGUCUCAAAUUCGUCGCCUUCUACUUCGGUGGAUUCUCAGGCAUGGCCUCACCGAUCCUUUACUCAUGGGUCAACUCGACACUGAAAGAGAACUACGGAGAAAGAGGUCUCAUUAUCUCAUCGAUGAUGACGCUGGGAUUCUGUAACCAGAUUUGGAUUCCGCUUUUUACGUUCCCGACGGUUGAGGCACCGGAGUUUCCUCAUGGAUAUCCGGCCGCGACUGUUUUCGAGUUUACGAUGUGGGCGAUUUUGAUGGGUGGUGUUUGGUAUAUGAAGAGGUGGAAGCAGAAGAACCCUGAUCUGGAGAUGCGUCUUGCUGUUAACGAAGAUGUCUCUGCGAAUGGCUUUGAGUCUGGUGACACUGGGAGCUUGGAAGGGCGGAGAGAUACAAAAGAACCUGUUAGCAGUCAUUAG